GCCAGCUCCACAGGCAGCUGAGCAUGACCCACCUCUCUUCCUCCACCUGCAGACCCCGCUGAAGCUGUGCCAACAUGUGUGACGAUGAGGAGACAACCGCGCUGGUGUGCGACAACGGCUCCGGGCUGGUGAAGGCCGGCUUUGCGGGCGAUGAUGCGCCCCGGGCUGUCUUCCCUUCCAUCGUGGGCCGCCCGCGCCACCAGGGAGUCAUGGUGGGUAUGGGUCAGAAGGACUCCUAUGUAGGGGAUGAAGCCCAGAGCAAGCGAGGCAUCCUGACCCUGAAGUACCCCAUUGAGCACGGCAUCAUCACCAACUGGGACGACAUGGAGAAGAUUUGGCAUCACACCUUCUACAAUGAGCUCCGUGUGGCUCCCGAGGAGCACCCCACCCUGCUCACCGAGGCCCCACUGAACCCCAAGGCCAACCGUGAGAAGAUGACCCAGAUCAUGUUUGAGACCUUCAACGUCCCUGCCAUGUAUGUGGCCAUCCAGGCGGUGCUGUCUCUCUAUGCUUCUGGCCGUACCACAGGGAUUGUUCUGGACUCCGGGGAUGGUGUAACUCACAACGUCCCCAUCUAUGAGGGCUACGCUUUGCCCCAUGCCAUCAUGCGUUUGGAUCUGGCUGGUCGGGACCUCACUGACUAUCUCAUGAAGAUCCUCACAGAGCGUGGCUACUCCUUUGUCACCACCGCUGAACGUGAAAUUGUCCGUGACAUUAAAGAGAAGCUGUGCUAUGUUGCCCUUGAUUUUGAGAAUGAGAUGGCCACAGCUGCCUCUUCCUCCUCCUUGGAGAAGAGCUAUGAGCUGCCUGAUGGCCAAGUCAUCACUAUUGGCAAUGAGCGCUUCCGCUGCCCUGAGACGCUCUUCCAGCCCUCCUUCAUUGGUAUGGAAUCUGCUGGCAUCCAUGAAACUACCUACAAUAGUAUCAUGAAGUGUGACAUUGAUAUCCGCAAGGACCUGUAUGCCAACAAUGUCUUAUCUGGUGGCACCACCAUGUACCCUGGUAUUGCUGAUCGAAUGCAAAAGGAAAUCACUGCCCUGGCCCCUAGCACCAUGAAAAUUAAGAUUAUUGCUCCCCCUGAGCGUAAAUACUCUGUCUGGAUCGGGGGCUCCAUCCUGGCUUCUCUGUCCACCUUCCAGCAGAUGUGGAUUAGCAAGCAAGAGUAUGAUGAGGCAGGCCCCUCUAUUGUCCACCGCAAAUGCUUCUAAGAUGCCGUCUCUCCUUGUCCACUUACCGUCAGGAUGACAAUAUUCUGCUUCUUGGAGUCUUCUGAACCACCCUCCCUCAUCUCUCAUCAAUCAUUGUACAGUUUGUUUACACACGUGCAAUUUGUUUGUGCUUCUAAUAUUUAUUGCUUUAUAAAUAAACCAGACCAGGACUUGCAACCU